CUCAUAGGGAUGGUUCAAAGUAUUGUAAGAAGCACUAGAACACACCCCCUACUCUCACUUCUCCAAACAUCAUAAGAGAACAAAUAUUCCCUCAUCUGGGACUCGUGACGUCACGCGUACGUCACGCCUAAAAUCAGACCAAGUCGUGUUACCAGUUAGUAGUCUUGAACUUCAGUUAUCAAAGUGCCUGCGACAGAGGAACAUGCAGACGUGUGCUCCCAUUCGAGUUGAAACUAGGCCCCAGUUAGUUCCCAAUCCAGGAAGUCCGCUGUCCGAAUUAGAAGGGUGGACAAUGGCCGAUUUUGAGAGCUGGCUCUGUGAUCCCUCUACUCUGCUCAGAAGUAACAGUAAUUUAAUGUACACAGCACCUUCUAUUAUGGAACCACAAAAGAUGGCCGCUUAUGGCAAUGUGCAUGUAAGCAUUCCAUCUCCUUCCGGAGUGCCUUCAGCGGCUGAAAGCCCAACUCUAUACGACAGUCCACCAGGUAAAGGCUAUGUAGGUCCACCUCCCUAUGUCCAGAUUAAACAGGAGGCUGAAGAAAUUGAUUACCAGUGUCCUGGAUUACAUAUGGGACCCAUGAGUCCAGACAUGAAUGUCAAGCACGAAGAUGAAGACGAUAAAAUGGAACAAUUGAGAAACAUGGCAAUGGAACAAGCAGCAAAGGAUAUUCGUGUUGCUUGCGGCAUACUUGGUAUCUGUCCUGAUCCAACUUUGUGGACAAUAGAUGAAGCAAAGUCUUGGUUAUUAUGGAUUUUAAACCAAUAUGGAAUGAACACUGAGGUUUUGCAAUAUUUCAAUAUGGAUGGCUUGGGAUUAUGCGCUCUAUCAGAAGAUUACUUCAGACAAAAAAUUCCAAAUGGUGGAGAUAUACUAUACGCACAACUAGACAUCUGGAAAACUGCAUCUAGCCUUACAUGCCAACCUCCAAAUCCUCCACGCCAACAACAAUCCCUGCUAUCAUUUCGACCAGAGGACAGCAUGCUGGACAUGAGCAUCCUUGAUCAAUGGUCACCUUAUCACCAGCAACAACUUCGCAUGUCACCCCCGGCUGGUUCCAGGGGUGGCACCAUGGUUGCAAUUCCUGACAGUAGCAGUUCUGUUGCAUCACCAGAAAGUAGCCAUCAUGAUUUCAGCAGUGAAGGAAUACAGAGUGAUGAUGAUAUAAGCGAUGAAUCCUGUGACGUUGAGCGUUGCGGGGGUGCCAGAACAGGAGGUACCAGCGGCGGCCGCCCCGGUUCCCACUCACACAUCCAUCUCUGGCAAUUCCUGAAAGAGCUCUUGUGCCAAUCCCACUUAUACGGCAGUUGCAUACGAUGGUUGGACAGACCAAAGGGCAUCUUCAAGAUCGAAGACUCAGUCCGAGUUGCUAGGCUCUGGGGAAAGAGGAAGAACAGGCCAGCAAUGAACUACGACAAACUCAGCCGUUCCAUUCGCCAAUAUUACAAGAAGGGGAUCAUGAAAAAGACUGAAAGAUCUCAGAGACUGGUGUACCAGUUCUGUCACCCUUACGGUCUCUAGAAAUCAAACAAGAAAUGUCACCCAGUUUUUGAAUGUAGCUGGUUUACUUCAAGAACUGGACAAUUUCGCACAUGUAUCAUAGACUUUGAAACUCUGUACAUUAUUUCAUUUUUUUCUAUUAAUAUAUAUAUUAUGAAUGGAAAAAAAAGUGGCUGGUUCCACUCUUUUUUCUAUUCUUUUUCCUUUGCGCCUAGUGAGGUCUUGGGUUUGGGAAGGUAUAAUUCCCAAGUGCACCCAAUAGCCACAACCUCACUAUGGUUUCAAACAUCGAUUGUAUAAUUAUUAUCGCUUUUUCAAGAUUUUUUUUCACUCGUGGCUAAAUUUAUUGGGAAUUUGCUGUUUACCAUCCUCGCCCAAAUAUUCCAGUUGAGUUCGGAAGAUUUUUCUUCCCAUAAUUCCUGGUUCUGGGUUGUGGAUGUGCAAUAUUCCUGAUGAACGUUGGUCCCAUAUAUCAGUGAUAUAUCAACACGUAUGUUCUAAGAACACCAAACUUGGAGGCGGUAUUUAGCCUCCACAAGUUUAAUAUUUUUGUAUUUGUGUGUGUGUGUCUUCAGGGUUCUGUCGGUGUCCGGCUGUCUCGUCACCGUUAACCGCCUGGUGCGAUAACGGUGACCGCGAGAUAGUCGCCGUGCUAGAGCCUCUUCUCACCCUUUCUGGCCCGUCUAUGUUCGAUCAUAAACGGUGCUAUAGCAUUUAGUCCAUUCUAAUACUGGGUUUGGGAGUGGCUAUGUUACUCACACACAAUUAGUUGAAAAAAUGCUUAUGAAAAUUUUAUGAGACUGACUGUAACCCUCUAUGGCUCAGUGUUAAUAUUAUUCUCCUAAAACUGUGUUUUAGGCUUUACAAUACAGUUCGAAACAGUUAAAAAACAGUUUGCCCAUAUUUGUUACCUUACAAAUUUAUUCAAAAAAUUUUUUAAGGUUAAUUGUUCAUUUUUGUCAAGUUUAAAAGAACUGGUUUCUAAUUAACUAUUCAAAUUUAAGCAUUUAAACUGUAAAAUGUAAAGUUUUAUUGACUAGAAAUCCUAUUAUAUUUAUUAAUCUAAUAUUUGUAGCAGUUUGCAUUCACAUUUUUUCUCAACAUAACAUUAUAAUUUAAGAAAUAGUUUUAGUCAAAUAUUUUAUUGCAUAACAUUAUUAUAUAAGAAAUUGUUUUAUUAAAAAAUCUAGCCGCAUUGAAAAGGCAAAAACUGAUUACAUUAAGCUAUAGAGGGGAUAUGACUAAUAAAAAUUAUCUGUGUAUAUUUUUGUAAUAAUUGAAAGUUGAUCUUGCAAUUUAACAUAUCAUGAUUAAUAUAUUUGUAAUGUAAUGACUAAAUCUUAUUUGAUUUAUGUAUUUUUUUUUUCUUUUGCCAUUAUAUAUGAUUAAAUCGUAGGCUAUAUUUUGUAGCUCUACAGUAAGAUUUGAAAAAUGAAUAUGUGAACUAUUGAUUCAAGAAGGACUUGUAUUAUGAUAUUUCAUUAAAAUGUUUUGUGACACUAAUUGUUUUGUAAGUAAUAUAGUGACUCUAUGUUAUUCUUUAUAAUUAUAUCUUACUAUUUUCUAGCUUCAUAGAAUUGAUUAACCUCUAACUUAAUUAGAAUUUUAUUUCCUUCUCUCUGUACUUUUGGACAUUUGGUCUUGACUUGAACUUUUAAUCAAAUAGAUGGGAUUAGAGAUGUUUGAACUGUUAUCAAUCUUGUAGAAAUGGUACUUUUGUAUAUUCAAACUAUGGACGUUGCAAUAAAAAAAUUGAAAAUGUCA